UAAAUAAAUAAAAACCGAAAGAGAUAGCUAGAGAGAGAGAAGGAGAGAGCACUCUCUUGAGAUGAAUAAUUUCACAACCACAACUGCAGCCGCUCCUCCGCCAACAGCCACAAAGGAAUCGCUGCCCCGAUCAGGACAUGUUAAUGAGGUGUGCAAGGAGUGGCUCGUGCGAGAGGAUGGCGCCUUGGCCUACAAGCUCCAGUCCCAGGAGAUUAACGACUUCUACAAGGGAAAUAGGUAUAGAAAUGCAGUGGUUCGGGAAGAUUUUCCCACCGCCCUGCACGAGCAGAUCAAGGAGAAGGAGCAGGCCCAGCGACGAGUGGAUGCCUACAGGAGACGCCUGACCGAGCAGGAGGAGCAUGACAAGCGAGUGGCCAAAGAAAUAGCUGACAAGCUGGAACGCGAUCUGCAGGAGCAGCAGCAGAAGGAGCUGCAGCAAAGUGAGCUGAUAGCCAAGCAAAUGCAGGAAAUCUAUGUAAAUCUUCCACCUGUACCGCCACCAGCCACACGCGACAAGAGCCGUCCGCCGCCCCGCCCUGCCAAAGCAAGUAUACACCAGCAGCAGCAACAGCAGCAACAGCAGCAGCAGCAGCAGCAGCAGCAACACUCAGAGCCAAGCACCUCGCAGCAGGCUAGAUACAACCACCAACACAGUCACAGUCAACACUUCUCACAAACAGACAACUAUGUAGGAUUAUCGCUAAUACCAAAUAUCGUUGACCUGCCAUGGACAGCGGCCACACCGACCACAAGCACCAGCACUCCCAGUCCCAGUAGAAACGCACAGGCACACCAUUCCCUGUUGGCACAACAGCAGCAGCAGCAGCAGCAACAGUUCCAUCCAUCAUCAUCAUCGCCGGCACGUCGAUCUGCUGGAACACACUCCACAACUCCAUCAUCAGCUACACCUAACACAACUCCACAGCACAACAACACACAACACAAACAGCACAACUUGGCUGGCAUCGACGAGGUGGUGGACUAUGCCGAUGUUGCUGACAGCAUACGCGACUACAACAUUGCCGUUGUCCCGUCGCCGGCAGCAGCAACACCGGCUAGCGUGGUCGAUGCAGCUGCCAAGACAUCCGCGUCGUCGUCACUCCAGAAACAGCGCUCUCCCUCCCAUGAAAAUCUCCUAAGAACCGAACCGAAAUUUCAGAAACUGUCACCGGAGAAGUACGACCAACUGGUGGGGAAUUUCGGAUUGGUUUCGGGAUCGGGAUCGGUAUCGGGAUCAGCCAAGGCUGCGGAGCGACACAUGCAGCAGCAUGCCGAUGACAUUGAGCUCUAUGUGGAUCCCUGCGACUAUGCCAGCCUGAGGGAGAUCGGACUGCCGCUGGAGGAGAUCCAGGAGAUGAGCAAGAAACUCAAGCAGGAGCAGAAAGAUGCGUUGCUGGCUCGGAGAUUGCAGGCAAUCGAAUCCAAGGAUUGUGUCCGCCAAGAGCACAGGGAUCGCAUGCUGGCCAUUGAGGCCCAGGACAAGGAGCUGGCCAAAAUGCUACAGGAUAGGGAGAAAGCUAAAGCCAAGCGGGCCAAGGAAAAAGCUCGUCUGCGAAAAUCGCAGCAGAAGGAGGCAGCCGCCGUCGCCAAUAGCAGCCUCCUCUGUGGCACCAACUCCCACUGUGGUCCACUGAUGGCCCUGCCCCAGGAUUGCCUUUCCAAUCACUCGCAGGCCGCAGACAUUGAUGUGGAGGCCUACUCGAAUCCCAUCGAUGUGCUCAACAAUAGUCGCGAACAGAGGCCGCACAACGGCCCCUUGACCAAUGGAAGUCUCACCCGGGAUGGCGGAUCCAAUCACAGCUCCAUGCAGAGACAGCAGCAGCAGCAACAGAGGAGCCUCAACAUGGCUCCAGUCCGGGGGGAGGAUGACAUCUACACACUGCCGGUGGACAGUUGCAGGCCGGGACAGAGGCCUGUGUCCUUGCACAUGGCCGCGGAGGCGGUGCAGCAGCUCCAAACCCACAAUUCCAUGACGAGAUCUGAGCACUAUGGUUCCGAAGCCGGUUCCCACGAUAGUUCCCAUCACAGUGGCCAGGACAUCUCGCCGCACAUGAAAUACUCCAAGUCCGGCGGCAAUUUUGGUAUAUAUAUCAAAGUGCCAGCCCCACGCCGCCUUACAUGCCAAUUCAGGGUACGCGACGAUCAAAUUCAAGUGAAGAUCGUAAAAAGAAGUCCAAGGACAACAAGUGCACGCAUCAGUGAGGGAUCAGCAUAAUGCAAUCAAUCAAAUCUAUAAAUUCUAUAUGCGCAUAUAUAUUUUGUACUCUCCUUUUGACAAUGAAAUUGUUCAUACUUUCACCGAUUUAUUCACAAAACAUGAUAUCUCUAGAACUUA